AUGUCAAUUAGUUCAGUUAUUAAAGAUAUUAAAGGACGUCUUGAUGGAAAAACUGCUAUAAUUACUGGUGCUGGGAGCGGAAUCGGUUACGAAACUGCUAUUCUAUUUGCAAGAGAAGGUGCCAAUGUUGUUGUCGCUGAUAGUGAUCUUAAGGCGGCUGAAGCUUGUGUGGAAAGAAUAAAGGAAAAAUUCCCAAUUCAUGUCCGAAAACAUACUCUUGCUUAUAAAGUGGAUGUUACUAAAGAAGAGGAAGUAAAGAAAUUGAUAGAAGCUACUUUGAAAGAAUUUGCCGUUACUCAUGCUCGUGAAAACAUUCGUGUCAAUACAUUAUGUCCUGGACCAUUACGUACUCCAGAAUUGAUGAAUUUACUUAAUACUGAUGAUAAAAAGAACAGACGUCUUUGUCAUGUGCCAAUUGGACGAUUCGGUGAACCAAUUGAAACCGCCCAGGCAGCCGUAUUCUUGGCAUCAGAUGAAUCAUCAUAUAUUACAGGAACUGAAAUAAAGAUUGAUGGAGGUCUCACCGCUGCAUAUGUG